GGGGCCCUGGGGUGACCCAUCCCCCCAUCCCACUGCCCCAGCCAUGGAGCCCAGCGGGGGGGGGCGGAAGGAGAGGCCGAAGCCCCGGGAGCCGGCGGCCCGCCUGGAGAAGGCCAAGCAGAAAUCAGCCCAGCAGGAGCUGAAGCAGAGGCAGCGCGCGGAGAUUUACGCCCUCAACCGCGUGAUGACGGAGCUGGAGCAGCAGCAGUUCGACUCCUUCUGCAAGCAGAUGCAGGCCUCCAGCGAGUGAGCUCCGGCCUGGCCUGGUGCUGGGUGGGAAUGGCGUGGGGGAGGCCGGACCGGGGCCAGGCGCCAGAGCAGCUGCGGCCACUGGGCGCCAGCUCCGGCCCUCCUUGCGCCGAGUGAGACCUUGGCCCACCAGUUCCUUGCCAAGAGGAACAGUCCUGCCUUCCCUGUGCCUGGAUUGGGAUCCGGCAAGGGCCGCAUCCAGCUCUUGCAGCUGCUCGCGCCGCAGGAGCCUCCCCGGGGACCCCCAGUGUUUCUCUCCACCACUCGGCGCAAGGUUUGACCUUCGCUUCCUUCCUCCACCCCCACGUCCUCCACUUUCCAGCUGCCACCAUCCUCUGGCUUUCCAGAGAGUUCGGAUCGCCGGCUUCAAACCCCCUUUUCCCCUUCCACCUCCCUCCCAUGCCCCAGCGAGCUGACACCAAGUGUGCAUGGGGAAAUAAAACACGUCAGAGAGAU